AUGGGCGCCCACGUUGUACCUAGCACGAUCUUCCCGAAAACAUACGUGAUGAGCGCGUGGAAUCAUGCUCAUACACGUUUCGAGGCUGAAGUUGUGUCUCUCGAGAUGGAAGGCAACUUGCCACACGAUCUACACGGAGCAUUUUACAGAAUUCAACCAGAUACAAUGUUUCCACCAAUUUUCGAUGAUGAUGCACCAAUCAAUGGGGAUGGGAAUGUCUGCUGCUUUUAUAUCAAAGACGGCACUGUGGAUUUCAAAUCUCGCUAUGUCCGGACUGAAAAGUACAUUGUCGAACGGGCCGCUCGUAGAGCGCUGUUCGGGCGAUAUAGAAAUAAAUAUACCGAUGAUCCGCGUGUGCGAAAUGUGAUCAGCAGAACCACGUCCAACACGCACGUUGUUUAUCACGCUGGCAAGAUCAUGACGCUAAAAGAAGAUGGGCCGCCUUACGAGAUCGAUGCUUCGACACUUGAGACUAUCGGGUUUGUCGACUACAACGGUACGUUCAAGGCACCAACUCACACUGCUCAUCCCAAGGCAGACUCUGAGACCAGAGAACUUGUUGGCUACAGCUAUGAGGCGAAAGGCGAUGCUACUCCGGACAUCUGCUCGUUCACUGUGGAUCGAAAUGGCUAUAUUACCGAGGAAGUUUGGUUCCAAGCUCCGUGGGCAUGUAUGAUUCACGAUUUCUGGGCGACCAAAAAUUGGGUGGUCUUCCCAAUUAAUGGGCUCAAGGCUAGUGAAGAGCUUAUGAUUUCCGGCGGUGAGCAUUUCUAUUGGGAUGAGACCCUAGACUAUCAGUUACUUGGCGUUGUGCCACGGCGAGGAGCUAAACCCGAGGAUGUGAGAUGGUUUAAAACUGGCCAAGGCUGUUAUUCCCAUACAAUUAACGGUUUCGAGGAUCAAGAUGGCAAGCUCGUCCUGGACGCCAAUGUCUGGACUGAUCUACACUUCCCGUUCUUUCCAAAUUCAAAGGGGGAGAAGUUUACAACAGACCGUACCAAGACUCGGGCACCAAUCCUGAGAUACCGCUUUGAUCCCAAAGGAAAUACGGACGUCGUCAUUCAUCCAGAACGUGUCGUCCUGGAUGGCGUUUAUGAAUUUGGCCGUGUCGACGAUCGCCAAUUAGGGAAGCCAUACGAGCGCGUUUGGACACUCCAUGUUGACCCUACGAAGUUCUCGUCUGCCGAAUCUGCAGAGCAAGGUUUCAACACUUUACUCAUGCAUAACUUUAGGACCGGAGAGACCCAGAAAUACUUCCACGGUGAUGACAUUACAUUCCAGGAGCCAGUCUUUGUCCCAAGACAUGAAGGCGCCCCACCUGAGGAUGGCUACGUUCUUGUCGUGGUCGAUCUGUUCCGAGAGAACCUCACGAAUCUACUGGUGUUCGAAGCUCAGGAUAUUAAAUCAGGUCCUAUCACUACCAUCAAACUGCCACUGAAACUGCUUGAUGGCUUGCACGGUAGUUGGGUUGAUGGAAAGGAUGUGGAUGCAGCGUCAAAAGUGCCAUUCCGAGAUGCUUGGGCCAAGCAUUAG